GCGAGCUUCCUGCCCCGCUACCUGACCGCCUGCCCCGGCCAUGAGCCCCCCAGUGGCGGAAAGCCCCCCAGACCAGGGCAUGGAGCUGAGGUGAGACCGCCCCAGCAUGGUGCAGAAAUCCCGCAAUGGAGGGGUCUACCCCGGCCCCACCGCAGAGAAGAAGCUGAAGGUGGGCUUUGUGGGGUUGGACCCAGGAGCCCCGGAAUCCAGCAGGGACGGGGCCCUCCUCAUUGAUGGGGCAGAGCUGAAGAGGGGCAGCAUCCUCAGCAAGCCCAGGUCGGGGGUCUGUGGGACCGGGAAGCCCCCCAAACGCAACGCCUUCUACCGCAAGCUGCAGAAUUUCCUCUACAAUGUGCUGGAGAGACCCCGGGGCUGGGCAUUUAUCUACCAUGCCUAUGUGUUCCUUCUGGUUUUCUCAUGCCUCGUCCUGUCUGUCUUCUCCACCAUUAAAGACUAUGAGAGCAGUUCCGAGGGGGCUUUGUAUAUUCUGGAAAUAGUGACCAUUGUCGUGUUCGGAGUGGAGUACUUCGUGCGAAUCUGGGCAGCCGGGUGUUGCUGUCGUUACCGCGGCUGGAGGGGCAGGUUGAAGUUUGCCCGCAAGCCGUUCUGUGUGAUCGACAUCAUGGUCCUCAUAGCAUCCAUCGCGGUUCUGGCUGCGGGGUCACAAGGAAAUGUCUUUGCCACGUCAGCUCUCAGAAGCCUGAGGUUUCUGCAGAUAUUGCGCAUGAUAAGGAUGGACCGGAGGGGAGGCACGUGGAAACUUCUGGGAUCUGUGGUUUAUGCACACAGCAAGGAGCUGAUAACGGCGUGGUACAUUGGCUUUCUGUGCCUUAUACUAGCUUCUUUCCUGGUAUACUUGGCAGAGAAAGAAGAGAACAGCAUGUUCGAUACCUAUGCAGAUGCCUUAUGGUGGGGGCUGAUCACUCUCACCACCAUUGGUUAUGGAGAUAAGUAUCCUCAGACGUGGAACGGGCGCCUCCUCGCUGCUACCUUCACCCUCAUUGGCGUCUCCUUCUUUGCUCUUCCUGCUGGAAUCCUCGGAUCUGGAUUUGCCCUUAAAGUCCAGGAGCAGCACAGGCAGAAGCACUUUGAGAAGAGGCGCAAUCCGGCAGCGGGGCUAAUUCAGUGCGCCUGGAGGUUCUACGCCACCAACCUGUCCCGCUUAGACCUUCACUCCACUUGGCAGUAUUACGAACGCGCCGUCACUGUGCCCAUGUACAGACUGAUCCCGCCUCUCAACCAAUUGGAUCUUCUGAGGAACCUAAAGAGCAAAUCGGGACUCGCUUUCAGGAAGGAGCAGCAGGCAGAGCCUCCGCAGAGCAGCCAGAAAGUGAGCCUAAAAGAGAGGGUCUUCUCCAGUCCCAGAGGAGUGGCCUCCAAGGGCAAAGGCUCCCCCCAGUCCCAAGGUGUGCGACGAUCUCCCAGCGCGGACCAAAGCAUGGAGGAGAGUCCCAGCAAGGUGCCCAAGAGCUGGAGCUUUGGAGACAGAGGUCGUACGCGCCAGGCCUUCCGCAUUAAGGGUUCAGCAUCACGGCAAAACUCUGAAGUAAGUCUUCCCGGAGAAGAUGUCGCAGAUGAAAACAGGAACUGUAAUUGCGAAUUUCUGGCUGAUGACCUGACCCCGGGACUGAAGGCUUCCAUUCGAGCCGUGUGCAUAAUGCGGUUUUUGGUGUCCAAACGGAAGUUCAAAGAAAGCCUCAGACCUUACGACGUGAUGGACGUGAUCGAGCAGUAUUCGGCCGGACAUUUAGACAUGCUCGCCCGGAUCAAAAACCUGCAGUCAAGGAUAGAUAUGAUUGUGGGUCCCCCACCCCCUUCAACACCCCGGCAUAAGAAGCUCCAAAGCAAAGGAUCAAUGCACUCCACCAAAGAAUCACCCCAAUACUCUCCUAGAGUGGACCAGAUUGUUGGAAGAGGCGGUUCCAUCACCGAAAAAGAUAGGGCCAAAGGCUCUGCUGAAGUGGAGAUGCCAGAGGACCCAAGCAUGAUGGGUCGGCUCGGGAAGGUGGAGAAACAGGUGCUGUCCAUGGAGAAGAAGCUUGACUUUCUUGUCAACAUCUACAUGCAGAGAAUGGGAAUCCCACCUUCAGAAACACAGGCGUAUUUUGUUGCCAAGGACCCUGAGCCUGCUCCCCCAUACCACAGCCCAGAGGACAGCCGCGACCCUGAAAAAAACCUCUGCAUUACCAAGAUUGUCCGCUCCACCAGUUCUGUGGGUCACAAGAACUUUAGUGCUCCUCCUGCCCAAGGGACAGCGCCCACUCAUUGCCCUCCGUCCACAUCGUGGCACCAACAACCAUAUCACCGGCAUAGUCAUGGCUCUUCCCCGGUGGGUGAUCCAGGCAACAUGGUGAGAAUUCCUCCACCUCCAUCCCAUGAACGUUCGUUCUUUGCGUAUGGGGGGAGUAGAUCAGGGGGAGUCGAGGAAGGUUCAGUUAAGCAUCGGGACGCGGCGGGCCUGAGAGAUAGUGAUACAUCCAUAUCAAUCCCAUCUGUUGACCACGAAGAGCUGGAGCGUUCGUUCAGUGGCUUCAGCAUCUCUCAGUCCAAGGAAAACCUUGAUGUUCUGAAUAAUGGGGCAGUUGCAGUUCCUGGGCCCAGCAAAGUCCGUCCUUACAUAGCUGAGGGGGAGUCAGACACGGACUCUGAUCUCUGCACCCCUUGUGGUCCACCUCCUAAGUCAGCCACGGGCGAGGGACCUUACGGUGAGUUGGGGUGGUCAGGCAGCAAGUAAUCUGUUGUCGGUGGUGUUUAUGUUACAUGUGAAGACACUGGCAAAUAGCCACAGAUGCAGUUCCACCUUAAGAUAAGGGGUUGUCCAUCUAUGACCUCUUCCGAAGGAGCGACCCCUCCAAAGAAGGCUUGAAGCAGAUGUGUGUUCCUCGUGGGCGGGUAUGAUCCGAUCACUUACAGCUCCAGUGAGUGCUGUGGACUUCUUGUUGAAAUGUUACAUUUGCAAACUCUUGAACGCAAAAAAAAAAUCAAAUGGUCCAAAACAAAAAAUACUGAUCUCCAGAAAGGAAAAAAAAAAAACCUUUAGACCAAGCAGUACCAUUUUUUGUAUCACUCAAUCUUUCCCAAACUCGAAACCUAAUGACGUAAACCUAGCGGCUGUCAUUCGUCAACAAUUUCAGAAUAAAUCCGAAGACCACCUA